UCUCGGGAUGACUCUCGCCAGUAGCAGGGGAGGCGUGGCAGGACACUGGUGUGGGCAGGGAGGCUGAGUGGUAGUGUGGCGGCGACUAUGAAGUUGACGUGACAUGUUGACCAUGUGGCGAGCAGCGUGUGUCCUGGUGGUGGUGGUGGUGGUGAGGUGUUACGCUGCUGCCACCGCCCACUCCAUCUCUAGUCAAGCCAAGGUGACCACAACACCCAAGAAGCUUCUGUGUCACUACAACCUCCAGUGCCCUGGCCAGCGUCCCCCACCAUCCUUGCCCCUCUCAGCCCUCGACCCCAGCUUGUGCACCCAUAUUGUCAUCUCCUCAGCUGUCGUGCACAACACCACCAUCCAGCCUUGCACUCCGGGACACACUGAGGUGUACAAGGAAGUGGUGUCCCUCAAGAGGCAGCACCCAAAGCUUCAGGUGAUGGUGAGAGUGGAAGGGAACUGGACAACUCUGAUCCAGGAUGCUCAAGCUGUGGCUGUGUUCGCCUAUAAUACAAGAAAAUUCUUGCAUACUUUGAACUUUGAUGGCCUUGAGGUAGCCUGGCAACCUCCUAUGUGGCCUCCAUGGAGACAUGCCACGGUGCAGCAGGUUUCUCUCCUCCUCCUUCAGCUCAACAAUGCCCUCCAGCUGGCCUCGCAUCCACCCUUCACUCUGUCGAUGGCAGUGUCAGCCUCACAAGAUCCCAUCGAUCAUGCAUAUGACGUCACAAUCAUAAACCGAACAGUUGAUUUUGUGAGUUUGGCUUCUUACGACUUCCACACCUACCGCUCUUCCUUGCCCUUCACUGGCCAUGGCUCUCCUCUAAAACCGCAGAAGGCAGAGCACGGCCACUGGGCAACUCUCAACACAGAAUGGGCGGUGAAGCACUGGCUGAGCAAAGGUCUACCCCGUGAGAAACUGGUGGUUGUUAUUCCCACAUAUGCCAACACCUGGAAGUUGCUCUCUUCAUCAUGGAUUCGGGUAGGAGCACCAGCUGUAGGGCUGGGAUUGAUGGAGGGACGGAUGACACACCCACAGGUCUGUACAUUUGUACAGAAGGGCUCUGCAUGGCACUGGGACGAAGCAAGCAGAGUACCAUAUGCCUGGAAUAGCUGUGAUUGGAUAUCAUAUGAAGAUGAGAGCAGUGUGAAAGAGAAGGCUCAGCUAGUGGUGGCAGAGGGCCUGGCUGGAGUGGCUGUCCUUGACUUGAACUCUGAUGACUGGGGUGGCCUGUGCCCUGAGGUCACCACAUUUCCACUACUGAGGGCUGCCAAGGAUGUAUUGAGCAGAUUUGGAUUAUGAACAGAUAUCUGAGUCUUGACUGCAGUGAUGCCCUGGGUGUGGCGAUGAGGAAUACUGGCAGCAGAGGAUGGCUGGUGUGGUGGUGGUUGGCAGGACUUUCCAGAAGCCCUCAACUGAGAUAUGGUUGUGGUGGCAGACAGGUGAGCAAUGGAACCAGGCUGUAGGUUGUUAGCCAUGGACUGUUGGGGGUUUCUUGGACCUUGCUUGGCAGUUACAGGAGGGGGAGUGGCAGCAGAGACAGGCUGACUUGAUUUGACAUGAGUUGCAGUGGCCUUCCUCGUGGCUGGUAACAGGGUGAUGGUGGCACUGCGGCUUUCAUUCUCUCCCAUGACCUGGUAUGGAGAUUUUUGAACAUGUUAACAUUACAUUACUUGCAAGGCUACUUACAUGCUAGCAUAAAACACAUGUCAAGAUGAUUAUUCCAUCACAGGAUAACCCAUGUGUUUAGCAUUCUUGACUUUUCCUGAUCUUUGAUCUAGCUAUACUCCUGCUCUCUGACUAAUUCAUGCCUUCCCUGCUUGCCACUUCUCAUUUCAAAAGCUUUGACUUGUGUUGGUCUAUCCCUACAGUGUCUGUGGAAAGAAAGUACACAUUUUUCAUACAUCUGGCAUUGCUGUCAUGAGCAUGUGGGGUGGGGGUCUGUAAGGCAACUGACAAUUCCAGCCCCAAUACUUUGUGAGGUGUAGUGGAGAGAGGAUUUGUCACACUUGUUUCCAUUCCACUAUGCCGUUUCUCCUCUUUCUCUUCCCAGCUUUCCUAUUUUUUUUUUUUUGCUAUAGUACAAGUAUUUGGAUGGCUCCAGUCAACCUCAGCAAUGAAGGAAAGGACAAUUUUGGCAUGGAAAAUAUUUCUAGGUAUAAGGGUGACAUGAAAGCACCAUUUGUUGCCUAGUUGGAGUUGCUCACAAUCUCCCUUCAGAUACCAUUCUUCUAAGAAAACCAACAUCAUGGAAGCCAAGAGACAUUCAAGGUGACUGAUACUCGCAUGAAGCAGAUCCUUCAAAACCUUAUGUUUCAUAACAGUAUCAGUCUCCUUGGAUGUCUUUCUUGGAGCGAAAUGCAUACUUUCCACAGACAAUGUAGAUUCAAGUAAUUCACUAUGCUGAUAUCUGACAUCCCACCAACUCUGAAUACAUUUUAGAUGCAAUAUCACUGAUUCCCCUUCAUAUUUUAAGAAACUACAUUGGCAUAUAUAUUGAUAAGGCAUUGCAGAACUAUUUUCAACUAACUUUGAGGGAAUGAGUGACAGGUGAGGCAAGAGUAUGAGGAGGACAGGCCAUCACACACAGCCUCACAGUGCUGUACCCCAAUAACACAGCUUCUUGAGGCUCAAUCUGUAACCAGCUGCAGGUGCUGCUCACCUGGAACACAAACAAUAUUAUCACUGACAUGUACAGUAUCAAUGCACUUCUGAACUUUUUAUACAUCUCGCUCUUUCUUGCACAUGCAUGAUUGCUCAUUACAAAACAAUAAAAACUUGUAAUACA